AGCGCGGGGCGGGGGGGGGGGGGCAGCUUCCCCUGUUGCAAGACUGCACAUUAGUGUGCUGUAUUUGACAGAGGGCUUCGGCCAGCUCCAUUUUGACCUCACCCUUGCCAGUUGGCCUCUCCCUUCCAGCUGGUCUGUUGGCAAAGCACCCCCAGAUGGGAACCGAAACUACCCCCUCCAGCAGAGGGACUGCCCCCGAGCCAGCAAGAUCCCGCCCCGGAACAUACAAUCCGUUUGACCUUCACUGCCCACCCGCAUGCACCCGCCUCCCUCCGCCCCACGUUUUUGUUCUACAAACCUGGAAGUAUUCGCUGUCUUCCCGGUGUUGGCCUCACCGAAAUAAGUCCCUUUCCUGUUUCACUACCCCUAGUUUCUCUGUCUUUGGAGUUUGGAGGGGCUGAACUUGAUGUGUUUGGGGCGCUCGAACCGGGUGCCUCUGCACCCCGGCGCCCUGCCUACGCGUUGUUACAAUAACCAACCAGUUAUUAACCCAAGUCCGUAGUCAGAACUCAGAUUUCCUCAGCUUGCCUCUAAUGUCCUUGCUCUGCCCCAGGACCACACUGCAUUUGUUGUCACGUCUCCUCUUAGACUUUCUUCAUGUUUAACCGCCUGGACAGUUUGGUUUGUCUGGUGUUUUUGUCACGAGUAGCCCGGGUGAUGGUUAUAGAGACGAGGAGCUGCCAGCAUGACUCACUGCUGUAUGUCGGCCUCGGUCAUCGCGCUGGGGUCGUGCCUGUACUUCAGGCGGACUUGUUUCACCGAGCAGUUAUUUUAUCCAUUCACCUACCUGAGGACAUCAGGGUGGCUUCCAGUGUUGGCGCGAUGAUGAACAAAGCUGCUCUAAACAUUUCCGUGCUGCCGUUUGUGUAGACGGCCUGGACCCCCUAGGAGGAGUGCCAGACCGAGAUGGGACCGGAUGGGAGGAAUCAACUAAUUGUUGCACGAAGGAUUGAAUGUUGCACUAAUUUCCCGAGCUGGUUCAGCAGAGACACUUUCUGGGAGUGGAUUCUUUGAUGAGAAAGACAAGACAGAGAAGACAUGCUGCUGCUCAAGAAACAGACGGAAGACAUCAGCAGCGUCUAUGAGAUCCGGGAGAAGCUCGGCUCGGGCGCCUUCUCUGAGGUGGUGUUGGCCCAGGAGCGGGGCUCCUCACACCUCGUCGCCCUCAAGUGCAUCCCCAAGAAGGCCCUUCGAGGCAAGGAGGCCCUGGUGGAGAACGAAAUCGCCGUGCUCCGCAGGGUCAGCCACCCCAACAUUGUGGCUCUGGAGGACGUCCACGAGAGCCCUUCCCACCUCUACCUGGCCAUGGAGCUCCGAGUCCCCGCUGCCCUCAGGGUGACGGGGGGCGAGCUGUUUGACCGCAUCAUGGAGCGUGGCUCCUACACAGAGAAGGACGCCAGCCACCUAGUGGGCCAGGUCCUGGGCGCCGUCUCCUACCUGCACAGCUUGGGCAUCGUGCACCGAGACCUCAAGCCGGAAAACCUCCUCUACGCUACACCCUUUGAGGACUCCAAGAUCAUGGUCUCCGACUUUGGCCUCUCCAAAAUCCAGACUGGCAAUGUGCUGGGCACCGCCUGUGGGACCCCAGGAUAUGUGGCCCCGGAGCUCUUGGAGCAGAAACCCUAUGGGAAGGCUGUGGAUGUGUGGGCCCUGGGUGUCAUCUCCUACAUCUUGCUGUGUGGGUACCCCCCUUUCUACGACGAGAGCGACCCUGAACUCUUCAGCCAGAUCCUGAGGGCCAGCUAUGAGUUUGACUCUCCCUUUUGGGAUGACAUCUCAGAAUCAGCCAAAGACUUCAUCCGGCACCUUCUGGAGCGAGACCCACAGAAGAGGUUCACCUGCCAGCAGGCUUUACAGCAUCUUUGGAUCUCUGGGGACGCAGCCUUUGACAAGGACAUCCUGGGCUCAGUCAGUGAGCAGAUCCAGAAGAAUUUUGCCCGGACUCACUGGAAGCGAGCAUUCAACGCCACUUCCUUCCUGCGUCACAUCCGCAAGCUGGGGCAGAGCCCGGAGAGCGAGGAGGCCUCAGGGCGGAGGAUGGCCCGCCACAGCCACCCUGGCCUCGGGUCUGGCCAGCCCCCCAAGUGGUGACGCCCAGGCAGAUGCUGAGGCCGAGUGCCCUGACUCCUGGACUCCCUUCCUGUGGGCGGGCCCUUUCAGUCCCCUUUCCCCAGCCCCAGGACCCCGGGCUGGCCUCUGCUGGAAAGUUAGAGAUGUGUGGGUGUGGCGCAUGGCGCUGGGGCAGGAGUGGGUCUCCCCACUCUGCCACCCAGGCUCCGCCCUCGCCCGGGGGCUGGCGGGGUGCGUCCAUGGAGAUCCCGCUCCACUGUCACUGCCACACCCGCUCUAGAUGCCGAAGAGGCUUUCCGGGGGCAGCUCUUCCCGCACGCUGUUCUGUGCUUUGCUGACUGUGGUGGUCCCGCUUGUGUCGUGGCCCUCGAGUUUUCCCCAAAUCAAUAAAUACAGACAGAGCGA